CUACAACAAAUUUUUUGAUUUCUUUUUCUUUCUCUCUACAAAGUCAAGGUCGAAAACAAUAUUUUCAACCGACUUCAAAUCCAGUUUUCUUGUCAUUCCUUUAUUAAUUUUCAUUUUCGAUAUUUGCAUGCAAUACAUGUGAAAGCCUCUUGAAAAUGGAUCAACAAAAAUUCUUAGAGCUCUUGCAGGGCGUCCAAAUUCGUAGGUUGCUAUCAAGUCGCAAUACCCUCCAUUUUGCUAACCUUCAUUUUCUACAGCUGAUACCGAACGUGUCAAGGCCGCAACCACAGAACUAAGAAAGAACUAUUACCCAAAUCCAGAAUCACUUCUCUGGCUUAUCGAGAUCUUCAUUUCCCAUGGAGAUCAAGCAACCAGACAACAAGCCGCUGUCGAGGCCCAACGCCUGGUCAAGAAGCACUGGAAAAACAUUUCUGAUGCCCAAAAACAACAAAUCAGAGAACAACUUCUACAAAAGGCAUUAAAUGAGGAGGUUAAAUUGGUUAGACACUCUGGCGCUCGUGUCAUCGCUGCUAUCGCUGGUGAAGACAUCGAGAAUGGACAAUGGGCCAAUCUUCCUGAUACCCUCGCACAAGCCGCAGGCUCUCCUCAAGUCUCACAUCGUGAGGUCGGAGUCUUCAUCCUCUUCACUUUACUGGAGACUGCUUCGCCAUACUUUGCUGAGCAAACUGCUGUACUCUUCUCCAUCCUCAGCAAGACCAUCCACGACCAAGAGAGCACUGAUGUCAGGAUCAACACUUUGAUCUGUCUUGGUGCCGUUGCCACAAUGAUCGAGCCAGACGAGGAUCCAGAGAGUUUGAAACUAUUCCUCGAGAUAUUCCCACAAAUGGUCAGUGUAUUGAAGAAUUUCAUUGAUGCCAAGGAGGAGGACCGCACUGUUCAGGCUUUUGAGGUUUUCCAAACUUUGUUGGGUUGUGAAUCAGCCUUGAUCGCACCCCACUUCAAGGACCUUUGCAAUUUCAUGCUUGAGAUUGCUGCAGAUACCAACAACGAAAACGACGCAAGAACCCAAGCUUUGUCCUUCCUUAUGCAAUGCACCAGAUACAGAAAGAUGAAGAUUCAAGGCACCAAGGAUUUGGGUGAGAAGAUCACUAUGACCAGCAUGCAAAUCGCGACAGAACUUGAAGAUGAUGACGACGAAGAUGAUGAGACUUCCCCAGCUCGCUCUGCAUUGGGUCUUCUCGGUUUACUUGCAGAAAGCUUGCCACCUCGCCAAGUUAUCGUUCCCCUCCUCAACGCCCUUCCACAAUUCUCGAGCCAUCAAGAUCCAAGAUACCGUCAAGCCGGUAUUCUGGCACUCGGCAUGUGUGUCGAAGGUGCACCGGAUUUCGUCGGUACUCAAAUGGAUAGUUUCUUGCCUGUUGUCUUCAAGCUUCUUGAGGACCCAGAAAGCGGUGUUAGACACGCAGCUCUUAACGGUGUCGCAAGAUUGGCAGAUGAUCUUGCUGAAGACCUUCAAAACACUCACGAGCUCCUCAUUCCUGCUCUUCUCAAGAACCUUGAUGCUGCUAUGCAAUACGCAGCUAGCGGAAACAAUGAUAAACAAACUCUUGACACCAUGAAGGCAUCAUGCGGUGCUUUGGACUCCUUGACCGAAGGUAUGGACCAAGAAAUUGUUAAGAACUAUCUCCCAACUCUCGUCCCACGUCUUGCUCAAUUGUUGGACCACCCCGAUGUUGGUGUCAAGUCUGCUGCCGCCAGUGCGAUUGGUUCCCUCGCGAGUUCCUCCGAAAAGGAGUUCCUUCCGUUCUUCAAGGACACCAUCGAGAAGUUGGCACAAUUCGUCGAGUUGAAAUCAAGCAAUGAUGAGCUCGAUCUCCGUGCUACUGUCUGUGAUUCCAUUGGAAGCAUGGCAGCAGCUGUUGGCGCUGAAGUCUUCCAACCCUACGUCAAGCCAUUGAUGCAAGCAAGUGAAGAAGCUUUACACCUUGACCACCCUCGCUUGAAGGAAACCAGCUACAUUCUCUGGAGUACCUUGGCCAAGGUUUAUGAGGAGGAAUUCACGCCUUUCCUUGAAGGAGUUGUUACCGCCUUGGCUGCCUGUUUAGAUCAGGAAGAAGACAACCUCGAAGUUGAGCUCGGUGAGCAUGCCCAAGACUUACUUGGCCAAGAAGUCAUUGUUGCUGGAAAGAAGGUCAAGGUUGCUGGCGCCACCGAUGUCGAGGAUGUUGAUGACAUGGACGACGAUGAUGACGACGAAGACUGGGAUGAUCUUACCGCCGUCACCGCUGUUGCCAUGGAGAAGGAGGUUGCAGUUGAAGUUAUCGGUGAUAUCUUGACGCACACUCGUCAACACUACAUGCCUUACUUCGAGAGAACCAUCGAGGCUAUCUCCCCAUUGGUUGAGCACUCUUAUGAAGGUGUAAGAAAGACCGCGAUCAGUACAAUGUGGAGAGCAUACGCUUGCCUUUACAGUAUGAUGGAGGAUAAGACUGGAACAAAGUGGACCCCUGGUCUACCCAUGGCAACUCAACCAACUCCUGAGUUGGUCAAGAUGGGAGAAAUUGUUACAACUGCAACAAUGUCUCUCUGGGAGGAUGAAUAUGACCGGUACGUUGAUUUCUAUUAAUUUUUUGCCUGUAAUGCCUGAAAUGAUGAACAACAUGACGUUAUACCCAGCUCACUCAGAUGCACAAGUUGCACAUGCUGCGAACGCGUAUCUACUCCUGAUCAUUCUUCUUUUCAUUGAUAUAUUUGAGAGCAUUUGGUGAAUUUUCCUAAUUUUGUGAAUAGUGGUGUUGUUACCGAUAUCAACCGCAACGUCGCUUCUACAUUGAAACUUUGCGGACCAGCUAUUUUGGCCCAACCAAACUUUGCUGAGGCCAUCAAGAACGUCAUCUUCGCUGUCAUUAACCGUGUCCACCCCUGUCAACAGGACCUCGGUGAUGAGCUUGAAUCACCUGAUGAGGAUGAUGCCGAGUCGUCCGAAUAUGACUGGCUCGUCAUUGACACCGCUCUUGACCUCACCUCAAACCUCGCUCUUGCCCUUGGUGCUCAGUUCGCCGAAAUCUUCAAGGAGUUUGAGAAGCCUCUGAAGAAGUUCGCCUCCUCCAACACUCCAUUUGAGCGAUCCACCGCAAUCGGUGUCAUUGCCGAGCUUACCGGCCACAUGGGUUCAGCCAUCACUCCAUUCACUGCAUCUCUCUUGCCAGUCCUCCUUAAACGUCUUUCCGAUACCGACCCUGAAGCAAAGUCUAACGCUGCAUAUGGUGUAGGUCUCUUGAUCUUCCACUCCCAAGACAGCGCUACCUACCUCCCAUCAUAUAACAACAUUCUUAGUAAGCUCGAGCCACUCCUCCAAACCAACCAUGCCCGCUCCAUCGACAAUGCUUGCGGAUGUGUUUCUCGUAUGAUCAUGGCUCACCAAGAUGCUGUUCCUCUUGACGAUAUCCUCCCAGUCAUGGCUGGAUUGUUACCACUCAAAGAAGACUAUGAGGAGAACGAGCCUAUUUUUGAAAUGAUUACUGGACUUUACAGCCAGAGCAACCAAACAAUCUUGCAGCUUACUCCAAAGUUGAUUCCUGUGUUUGCAGCGGUCCUUGGCGAGCCAGUUGAUCAAUUGGAAGUCGAGACUAGAGAAAAGGUCAAGGGCGUUGUUAAGUUCAUUGGCGGAAGCCACCCAGAGUUGCUGAACGGUCACCCAUCAUUACAAAACUUGUAAUGGGCUAUUUAGGGAGUUUCUUUAGUAAUGGUUUGGGUGGGCUGGAUUUCUGGUUGACGAAUGCGUUUGUGUCGAUAUGCGUACGAUACUAUAUAGUUGAUCCGAAUGAAUUUCUGGAUGGAUAGAUCGACGGUUGUGAAGAGAUAUUAAGGGAAGGAGAUAAAUGGUUUUUAUAAGUUAUGACAUGAUGAACAUACCCCCAAUGCACGAAUUGAAGAAUGAAAGAUGGAUAGAUAAAUAAAUAUAUUAGUGGUAAACAGAAAUGAUAAUUUUUGUUUUGUUUUUUCUAAUUUUGCGCGAUUAACAUUUUUUUAUUGGGCCAUAUGUUCUUUUGU